AUGAUAAAGUCUACAUAUUUAUUAUGACUGUCCACUUGAUCCCCAAAAAAGCAAAUAGAUUGAAGUUUCCGUGGCGUUCGCAUAUUAAUUAAGUACGACUGUCAAAAAAUAAUUUACAUGUCAUUGAGUUUAUACAAAGUCGUGCAUAAUGAUCACAAAGAUAACUGGAUUUCGAUAUAAUAUUCCUAUAAUUAUUGCUCGUAGACAUAUUGGAAAACCGCCUCGAUGUGACGCUCACAUGAACGAGCUACCCGUACCCUGCGGGCCUUGGGAACCGUGGUACAGUGACAAACAGAGCAGAUACAAUAAGCUUUUAGUGGGAGGCGUACUGUGGUUUGUGUUCUCCUUGGGAAUGAUGAUAUACACCGACAGCAUAUAUUUAAACUGGGCGCCGCCAGCGCAACCUGGACCUCCUAGCGACAUGGUUGAGGAGUGUGAGGACGACGUUUAAUGUCGACUUACUGCUAAUUUAAUUGUUAUGAUUUAACUACAUUAUAAUAUUUGGUUUUUAUAUAGA